AUGAAGGGUCUGAAGACAGAUCCUGAGAAGCAUUCCGUGGUUCAACCUGAGGAGUUCAACGACCCUUCCUCAGUGGAAAAUGCCAGUAACGCAAAUUCAGUCACCAACAUGCUUCGGGUCUCGCUCUGGGUAGCUUUUGCAGCAUGGCACACCACUUUUGAUGAAGGCUUUUCAGGCACUGUGUUGAUCAUGCCGUCAUAUCAGAAAGCCUUUGGAACCUGCCACCAGGAGUUGGAUUCGACUUCAGGCCGCAUCACUGAGGUGUGCUCACUCACGCCGCUGCAACAAUCCCUCAUCAGCUUGAACUAUUUAUUCAUUGGGGUCGGAGGCGCUCUUUCAGCUUUGACGGGAAGAUACACUGGUCGUCGUGGAUCCAUUCAGAUCGGGUCUUUGCUUGCAGUUGUUGGGGCAGCUGGAAUGCUGGGAACCGGUGAUGGCUCGCGGCGCACCUUCUUGCACUUCAUGGUGUGCAAGUGUGUCGGUGCACUUGGACUGGGACAGCUUAUCUCUGCUUCUCUGGCGUAUGGCUCAGAGUGCAUUGUUGCCAGCAAGCGUGGGCUCGCACUAGGAAUCUAUAAUGUUGGUCUGGCGCUUGGCAAUCUUUCGGCAGCUGCAGUCUGUGCAGGAUCUGCACGCCUAGAGCCAGACAACAACUGGCAGUGGAAGAUUCCAAUUCUAGCCCAGAUUCCACUAGGCAUCAUCCUCGGCGCUGGGAUCCUUACGCUUCCGGAAUCCCCUCGGUGGAUCUUGAACGACAACGAGAAUAGGGAAAAAGAUGCUCGCAGGGCCUUUAGUCUGUUGUAUCGAAUCCCGGCCAACUCGCCUGAGAUCACGUCUCAGAUCAAUGAGGUGAAAGCACACAUCAAAGCUGAACGAGCAAACUUCGCUGCGUCGACAUGGUACGAGAUCUACUCAAAGCCCCAUCUUCGUCGAACGUGGACUUCCGCUCUCAUUAUGAUUGGUCUUUCCAUCACCGGUAUCCAAUUCGUCCAGCCAUAUGCAGCACUAUUUCUCAAGGGUGUUGGGAUCCAUGAUCCAUAUCUCAUCAAUGUGAUCAUAGCGCUUUGCAUUCUCGGUGGAGCUGCCCUUGGUCCCUUCAUCGUGGAAUAUGCGGGACGUCGAUUUGCCAUCCUCUCCGGAUACAGUGCCAUGGCAGUCUGCAUGCUCAUCUUCUCUGCGAUCAGCAGUGCUCUCGGAUCAGGCGAGGUCUCCAAGAUUGUUGUGGUGGUCUUCCUUUGCCUGUGGUCUUUCGUAUUUGGUGGAACCAUCGCACCAAGUGCAGGCCUCGCCGCUGUCGAGAUGCACAGCGUGAGGCUUCGAACGUAUGGUCAAGCGCAUACCACCAGUCUUUAUGGAAUCUUCUCGUUUGGGGCUAUGUUCUGGACGCCCUACAUGCUGGACGUGAAUUAUGGGAACAUGGGUCCCAAUGUCGGCUAUUUCUACGCAGCAGUUACCGUGUUCAUCGGGGUGUUGGCCUACUUGUUGGUUCCCGAGACUGCUGGUCUAACCUUGGAGCAGAUUGACGAUAUCUUCAACUCUGCCGUUCGACCAUGGAAGACUUCGAUGAGCAGAAACAAGGCUAUCAUUCGGGCCAAGACGGAGCAGCUAUCAGUGGAAAGUGGUUCCAACCUAGGGAUGGAGCUGUCUGGAUCAUCGAUCUGA